AUGGGACUGGGAAAGAGACAUCCCACUUUGUUUGAGAAGUGUAGUGCUUCAAGUUACCAGUCGCUUCUAACCAAGCCACAAUGGCUGGUUGCAUGUCAACCCCAUCCAAAACAAUUAAACCAUGGAAAGAACAUUGUCAGCGGGUCAUCAAACGCCAUAGAUAGGCAACCUGCUCUGCUUCAGAUGAAUGGUGCAACAACUACUCACAGAAGAUCUAAGGUUUCUAAUUCAACAUUCCAUCUCACCCAGCUGCAAUGGCACCAUAGUCAAUAUGAUUCGAAUGUAAUUUUCCAAGAGGAAGCUUGGUUUGACUCGGUGAGUAUUCUGGAGUCUGACUCGGAUGAUGACUUUAUCAAUAUACAUGGAGAUGGUUUUCCAUUAGCAAGCAAUCCAGUUGGGAAUAUCUCAAGUGGCCAAGUACUUCAGCAUGAAAGAUUUGCUCGCUUUGUUGAUAAUGAGUGUAAGUAUGAAGAAUAUGGAGGUAAAUCAGAUAAAAUCACAGGCAAAGAUGAGCGCAGGGAAUCAAAUCGGUUUUCGCUUAUUAAUACCCAGCGCUAUGAGCUUUCUCACUUAGGGAAGGCAGAUGAAGUUUGCAGUAAGAGGAAGAAUAUAGUAGAUCACUCUUAUGGAAGCUUUAAAGGACUUACAGAAGAUGGACGUGAUUCUAAUGAAAAAAUUCAAGACAAUGCCCUGAAAUCCGGCUUAUCUCAAUUAUAA